AAUGGAUAAGGACAUUGAUGUAGACAAGGUUAAUUAUAUCUCCAUCAUAGAUCAUAGAGAAGUUGUUGGAAACCAAAGGAGCUCGCAAUGGAAAACCAGUAAAUCUGACUGAAAGUGAAAUCAGAUCACUAUGCGUGAAAAGCAGGGAGAUUUUCUUAACUCAACCCAUGUUGCUAGAAUUGGAAGCACCCAUCAAAAUAUGUGGUAAUUCACUCUCAUUAUAUCAAGGUGAUAUUCAUGGACAAUACACAGAUUUGUUGAGAUUAUUUGAAUAUGGGGGAUAUCCACCUGAAGCUAAUUAUUUAUUUCUAGGAGAUUACGUCGAUAGGGGCAGACAAUCCUUGGAAACCAUCUGUCUACUACUUGCUUAUAAGAUUAAAUAUCCUGAGAAUUUCUUCCUGCUCAGAGGAAAUCAUGAGUGCUCUUAAAUCAAUCGUAUAUACGGAUUCUAUGAUGAAUGCAAAAGAAGAUAUAACAUCAAAUUGUGGAAAACCUUCACAGAUUGUUUCAAUUGUUUGCCUGUCUGCGCAGUCAUCGACGAAAAGAUCAUCUGCAUGCAUGGGGGGUUAUCUCCUGAACUGACAAAUUUAGAAUAAAUUCACAGGAUCAUGAGACCCAUUGAAGUUCCAGACACUGGGUUAUUGUGCGAUUUGUUGUGGUCAGAUCCUGAAAAAGAUACCUAAGGAUGGCAAGGUUGCUUAAAUCAUCUCCUAUUUAGAUAACGAAAGAGGAGUCUCUUACAUCUUUGGAACUGAUGUCAUAUCUAAUUUCUUAAAGAAAAACGACUUGGAUCUGGUCUGCAGAGCUCAUCAAGUCGUUGAGGAAGGCUAUGAAUUCUUCGCUAAGAGACAACUAGUUACGCUCUUCUCUGCACCCAAUUACUGUGGAGAAUUUGAUAAUUCAGGUAUUUUUUAUAAUUCAACCAUUUUUAGGAGCUCUAAUGAGUGUUGAUGAAACUUUGAUGUGCUCAUUUCAAAUACUAAAAUCACAGGACAAAAAAAAUGUUCCAUAGGCUAGACCAAGAACACCAAAAUACGUUAAUUGA